AUGGACGCAGGCGGUCUCGCUCAAAUGUCUUCCAACGGUUUCGCUUCCGACGGGCUCUCCAUGCCCACUGGCGGCCUGGCCGCUCGCAGGGGUGGCCAGAACCUCAAGCCGCUCUCGUUUGAAAACAUCAACCAGGGCAAUGAUAAGGACGCCGGUGUCCCCACCCCGCGCACCAGCCGCUCUCAUCUUCUUGCUGGUCUUAGGACGGCUCCCAAGUCCGCCACUGCUACUUCUUUCGGACCUCAGUCUCCCACGGGUGCCGUUCCCCCGCAGCAGUUCAACCGAAACUCCAUGGCUGGAAACGCCUAUGGUAUGAACCAGGACAACAUCUACAACGCGCCUAAGUCGGCCUUUCCCCAGUACGGCGCCCAGAACAACUUCAACUCCAUGAUGGGUCAGCAGUACACUGUCGAUCAGGUCCUGGCUCCUCCUGAGCUCCCUCUUGAUGAGCAGGCCCAGGAGCACAUGGACCCCAACCUGUAUGCUCAGCUGGUUGCUACCAACAUGUACCUUGCUCAGCAGCAGCAGCGGCUCCAGCAGCAGCUGCGUAGUGUCCAGGCUGCUGCCCAACAGUUCCAGCAGCUCAACCUCAGCAACCCUCAGCUCACUCAGCAGCAGAUUGCGUUGUACGAGCAGCAGCAACGACUUCACAACAUUCAGCAGCAACUGGGUGCCCAGGCUGUUCUCUCCCAGCAGCCCCAGCAGCAGCAGCAGCUGUACUACAACCCCAUGACCGGCCAGUACUACGUCGAGACCCCACAGGCCGCUGCCCAGAUGACUUCGCCCUACAACGAGCAGCCCUCGACGCCCGGGUUCGGCGGUUUCCAGCAGCAACAGCAGCAUAACACUCCCUCGGUCCAGGUUUCCCCUCCUGCCGAAUCGCAGCCUUUCUCGUUCCGCAGCAACUCGCCCCCCAAGCGCUACGACUCUCCCACCGAGGUGACUCCCCUUCCUCCGCCAUCCGUCAAUGCUUUCCGCCGCGGACACAAGAAGGCGUCGUCCCUCGCCCCCCUCAACAGCGCUCUCGCUGCUGCCUCUCUUUCGGACGCUCCUAAGUCUGCCGGCCCCAAGACCUCGACAUUCCCCAUGAGCCCCCUGACCGGAGGAUAUGGCCCUGGCCAGGCUCGUGCCGGAGAGCACCCUGUUCGCCAGCCCCGAGGCCCCCCCUCUCUGGACGAGCUCAAGUCGAAGCCCACUGCCAAGAUCGAGGGCAGCAAGAACUUUGCCGCUCGCACUCGCCGAUCUGCAGUCCACAACCUGGUCCGCGCCGGCCUCGAGCGCCGCAAGGGUACUGGUAGCUCCUGUGGCAGCAUGAGCCCUGUUUCCGAGACUGCCGAGGAGUCUUCGACACCCAUCACCGACAACGAGUCUGACUCUGGAAGAAGCGGCUCUGGCAGCCUGGCUGGUGACAUGGAGUGCCCCAGCUCACGAACUUCUGCUAGCGGCGGUUGGGGAGCUAUCGGUUCAGACCGACCCAGCUCCCGCCAGAAGGCCCGCAAGAGCGUCGACAGUGUGGGAAGCAUUGCGUCGAGCGAGGGCGAAACAAGCUCCUUUGCCAACGUGUUCAAGAACGGCGCUCUGCGAGCGGCCAAGGGCCAGGAGUCAGCUGAUGGCCAGCGCAAGGCACCUAGACUGGUGCUCACCAAGAGCACUCCCGCUGCUUAG